AUGGGUGGCUUUAGAUCUCUAAAAUCUCUCUCAAAACCACCCAAAUGCCUCAAUCUUUCGCGUCCCAAUACAUCUAUUUCAAAUGGGUCUCUCACAAAUCAUCAUCUCACCUUCUACAGAUCAAACCGCGGCGUUUCGGACAAAACCCACGAGUUUAUUCACGCCGCGCAACAACACCCGGAUGCCAAAACAGAGACUUUAAACCAUAAAAUCACAGAGGAAUCUGAAAGAAUCUGUAAAGUAGUAUCAAACAACACUUCUAAUAUAGACUCGUCUCUAAAUAACGCUUCAAUUGAGGUGUCUCCAACGCUUGUUCUUGAGGUUUUGAAGAGGCUGAGCAAUGCGGGUGUGCUGGCGUUGUCUUUCUUUAGGUGGGCUGAGAAGCAAAAAGGGUUUAAACAUGAUGCAGAAAGCUAUAAUGCGUUGAUCGAAUCUCUGGGAAAGAUUAAACAGUUUAAAAUAAUAUGGGAAUUAGUGAGCGAAAUGAAGAGUAAAGGGUUGUUAAAUAAAGAAACUUUUGCUUUAAUUUCGAGGAGAUAUGCGAGAGCUAGGAAGGUUCAAGAAGCCAUUGAUGCCUUUGAGAAGAUUGAGGAAUUUGGAUUGAAGUUGGAAUCAUCAGAUUUUUAUAGAUUGUUUGAUACUUUGAGUAAGUCAAAGAAUGUAGAGGCUGCACAAGAGGUGUUUGAUAAAAUGAAAAAGAGAAGAUUUGAACCUGAUAUUAAGUCGUAUACUAUUUUGUUAGAAGGGUGGGGAAGCGCUCAGAAUUUGUCGAGAUUAAACGAGGUUUAUACAGAAAUGAAGGGUGAGGGUUUUGAGCCGGAUGUCUUAACGUAUGGGAUUAUGGUUAAUGCACAUUGUAAGGUUAGGAAGUAUGAUGAUGCAGUUGAGUUGUUUCGUGAAAUGGAAGCGAAGAAUUGCAGGCCUAGUCCUCAUGUUUUUUGUACUCUGAUUAAUGGAUUGGGUACUGAUGGGAGGUUAAAUGAAGCCUUUGAGUUUUUUGAGCUGUCGAAGAAGAGUGGUUUCGCACCAGAGGCACCUACUUGUAAUGCUGUUGUGGGAGCUUAUUGUUCUGCGAAUCAGAUGCAUGACGCUUAUAGGAUGGUUGAUGAGAUGAGAAGACUUGGGGUUGGUCCGAAUUCUCGAACUUAUGAUAUAAUUCUUCAUCGCCUUUCAAAGGCUGGGAAAACAGAAGAAGCUUACUCUGUAUUUCAGAAAAUGAGCAGCUAGCCAGGCUGUGAACCAACCGUGAGCACGUUUGAGAUUGUAAUUAGGAUGUUUUGCAAUGAAGGCAACGUAGAUAUGGCAAUCAGGGUUUGGGAUCAGAUGAAGGCAAAGGGAGUGCUUCCUGGGAUGCAAUUGUUCUUGACAUUGAUUCAUAGCCUGUGUCUUGAGAAUAAGCUAGGUGAUGCUUGCAAGUAUAUUGAAGAGAUGUUGAACAUGGGUAUUCGGCCUCCAGCCAAGAUGUUUAGUAAUCUGAAACAAGCUCUUCUGAAUGGGGGAAUGGCGCAAACUGCUCUUAUGUUAGUUAUGAAGAUUGAUAAACUAAGGAAAACUCCAUUAGUAAGUAGAGGUCAAUAAAAGCACCAAGAGGUAUUUCUUAUACGACUUUAUGGCCUACUUCGCGGCCAUAGGAGAGCUGCUAGACAAUCUGCCAACCAUGGUUACGAGAAUCUGGGCACACAACGUUAUACUUCUUCUGAAUAGGGGAUUCUAUCAUAUGGUUUCAGUAGUGAUUUACAAAAAUCAUGAAAUUUUCUUUACUGAAAUUUUGGGGGCAUGCAAAUGAGUUACUGUAUCUUUAACUUUCAUAAG